GGGGCGGCCAUGGCGGCGCUGCCGGUGCCGCUGCUGGCGCUGGCGCUGCUGCUGCUGGCGGGAUGUGGCGGGCCCGGAGCCGCGGGGCAGAGGCGGAAGGAGAUGGUGCUGUCAGAAAAAGUGAACCAGCUGAUGGAGUGGACCAGCAAGAGAUCUGUGAUCCGAAUGAACGGAGACAAAUUCCGGCGCCUGGUGAAGGCCCCUCCCAGGAACUACUCAGUGAUUGUGAUGUUCACUGCCCUGCAGCCUCACAGGCAGUGUGUUGUGUGCAAGCAAGCUGAUGAGGAGUACCAGAUUCUGGCAAACUCCUGGAGGUAUUCCAGUGCAUUCACCAACAGGAUUUUUUUUGCUAUGGUAGAUUUUGACGAGGGCUCAGACGUCUUUCAGAUGCUGAACAUGAACUCUGCCCCCACUUUCAUCAACUUCCCUGCCAAGGGGAAGCCCAAGCGCGGGGACACCUACGAGCUGCAGGUGCGCGGCUUCGCGGCGGAGCAGCUGGCACGCUGGGUGGCCGACAGGACAGACGUCCACAUCCGUGUGAUGAGGCCCCCAAACUAUGCUGGACCCUUGAUGCUGGGGCUGCUGCUGGCUGUCAUUGGAGGCCUCGUGUAUUUGCGGGGCAGCAAUCUGGAUUUUCUCUACAACAAAACUGGCUGGGCCUUUGCUGCUCUGUGUUUUGUGUUAGCAAUGACAUCAGGCCAGAUGUGGAACCACAUCAGAGGGCCCCCCUAUGCUCAUAAGAAUCCCCAUACAGGACAAGUGAAUUAUAUCCAUGGAAGCAGCCAAGCCCAGUUUGUGGCAGAAACACAUAUAGUUCUGCUCUUCAAUGGUGGAGUUACUUUAGGAAUGGUCCUUCUCCAUGAAGCUGCUACUUCUGACAUGGAUGUGGGGAAAAGAAAAAUUAUGUGCAUUGCUGGCAUUGGCUUGGUGGUGCUGUUCUUCAGCUGGCUGCUGUCUGUCUUCAGAUCCAAGUACCAUGGCUACCCCUACAGUUUCCUAAUGAGCUAAAGGAUUCCAGUCUGCAACAUCAGGAAGGUGCUGGCUCUGAACUUGGAUGUGGUGGAAUGAGGAGCUCAACGUGUGUGGUUUGUGCUACCUCUGCUGACACUGAGUUAAACACUGAACCAAAGACAAUGUAGUGCCUUAAACACAGCAAGCAGUUUGCUCUGAAGGACACAGAGUGUUAAGAUGCAAUCUCUUUCAUAAGCUUUACAUCUUCUUAAGCAGCUCUGCUUCUAGCAAAAUUCAGAACAUAAUGCUUAAAACUACAUUUCCAUGGACUAACUAGAAAUGGUACUUUCAAUUCACUUGGAUAAUCUGUUUACCAUGUUUUUUUUUUUUUCCCUUGAAUUAUCCCCUUUUUUCCUGUUUGUGCAUAGCAGGUGACAGCAGCUUCUCUGUCAUGCCUUUUCAUGGUUCAGGAAACAGCUUCAUACACCUGGAAAUCUUUUCCUUCAGCCUGUGUGCAACCCUUGGAGCAUGCUCCAGGUUCCAGUGUGGAAUGUGCAAAUCCUGGAGCUGUGUCUCAUUUUUGAGAAGAGUUCUCAACUGCUGUAUGAUGCAAGAGGUUGUUUCACAGAUGAAGGGGGACUUUUCAACAUGCUGAACAGUUAUUCAUUAGUUAAAUUUUUCUUUGCCAAAUGCUGCAACUGCAAUGUUUUAAGUUGUAAACUUUGACUCAAAGCUGGAAAAGAAAUUCUUAGACUGGCCAACGCUCACACUCU